UAGACAUGUAGAUCAAUAUAUGUAUGGACCUUUUUUUUAGGGAGCUGCUAUAGUUUUCUCUCUUGAUACAAAUUCUUUAAGAGUACGCCAGUCAGCCAGUCUAUAACUAUACUCUAUACUAUACUACGUACCGAGAAUAUCCAAAUUCAAAGACAGCUUUUUUUUAUUGAGUUUAGAGCUCAGUUUAAGACGAUCAGCUGUAACAAAAUGUUCAUUCAAGCUAAACAAUGUGAGGCUAUUAAAACAAAGAAAGAUUUUAAUCAAUGUACUCAUUUCUCUUUCAUUCAAUGGUAGUAACUUCAAGAAUUAGAAGAAAUGAAAAGAAGUGAAUGUAGAUCAGAUUUAGGCAGACUUGUUGGGACUAGUCAAAAUGAACUGAACAAUUUUGAGCACAGCAAUGAUCACCAACCUUCCGUCUCACACAAAGAAUGUGCAGCACUAUGUUCUAAACCUAGUCAACAGAUAUCCAAUGAAUCAUUAAGUUUUAACUCUAUUAAACAAAGAAAUAACAAAACAACAAAUCUUAGUACUGGCAAACAAACAAAUUAUAAGACACAAGCAGGCUUAAGUUCUAAAAUCCAAAUGGAUAUAAAGGCUCCUAAUUUUAAUUCUAAUAAACAAAUAGGAAACAUAAGACUAGAUCCUAAUUCAGAAAAGCCAGAAGGAAACAGAAGACCACUUUCUAAUUCAGAUAGACUGAGUAGAACAAAAGCUUCAGAUCUGAAGUUACUUACUGAUAAUUCUGAUUGGACAACAAAAUCUGUUUUUAUAAUUCACAAACAAUUUGAAAAUGCCUCACAACUUAAAGAGAAAAUGUGUUCAUAUAUACAGAAAACUAACACCCUUUUCCAGCCAACUAUCAUUGAUGAUUCCAUCAUCUGCAGUGAAUAUAAAAGUUUAUGCACUGUUGCUUUAAUGACUGUUAGUAAAGAGAAAGCUGUAAAUUUUGUCAUAGACUUGCAUAGAAUUAUACAAACUAAUUUAAAGGAAACAGUUCACUUUCAGAUAGUUAGCACAAGAAAUGCUAGUGACACAAAAACAAUAAAAGACAAUAAAAAGAAAAGUCAACAUUCAAAACCACCAUCAAACCAAAGUGAAUGCAAGAAAACAGAUCAAUGUUAUCAAGUAGAGAAAAACAUCAAUGAGCCUUUACCAGUCCACAAAGAUUCAGCUCUAAUGAGCUCAAUACAAAAUCAGCAAGCUCUUGUCACUCACUUACCAUCUGUUCUUAAAGUUACACAGAAGACACAGUUAAAGUCUGAUGUUUGUACACAGAAGACACAGUUAAAGUCUGAUGUCCAUAUACAGAAGACACAAUUAAAGUCUAAUGUCCCUAAACAGAAGACACAAUUAAAGUCUGAUGCCCCUAAACAGAAGACACAGUUAAAUUCUGAUGUUUAUACACAGAAGACACAGUUAAAGCCUGAUGUUUAUACACAGAAGACACAAUUAAAGUCUGAUGUCCCUAAACAGAAGAGACAAUUAAAGUCUGAUGUCCAUACAGAGAAGACACAGUUAAAGUGUGAUGUCAAUACACAGAAGACACAGUUAAAGUCUGAUGUUUAUACACAGAAGACACAGUUACAGACAAGUGACUAUACACAGAAGACACAGUUAAAGUCUGAUGUCCAUACACAGAAGACACAGUUAAAGUCUGAUGUCCACACACAGAAGACACAAAAGUCUGAUGUCCAUACACAGAAGACACAGUUAAAGUCUGAUGUCCAUACACAGAAGACACAAAAUUCUGAUGUCUUUAUAAAAGAAACUAUAAGUGAGACAAAGGAUCAAUGUUUUCAGGACAAAGAGAAUAUAAAUGAUCUAUCACCAAAAAUCACUGAUGCUAAAACUUCAAUCUCUGCAACAUCUAUUCCUACAAUAAUAGAAAUUGAGAUAUUCUCUGGAAAAUUAGACCUUACUUCAAUUUUAAAUCUUUUAGUUCCAUUAAAGAUGCCACAUAUAAAAGUAGACAAUAUCAGUGUAGAAUCCUCCAAAAAGUCAAAAACAAUUUGCAAACUAAAUACACCCAGCAGGGCAGCAGCUAAAAGAAUAUCAAAGUUAAUCAACAGUACUAAAUGUAAAGUACACAUGAGGGCCUAUAUUCAAACAGAAAAGAAAUGUCAACUAGUUCAGACCAAGCAAAACAAAGAUAAACAAAUAAAAGAAGACAGUUUUAACCGUGCUGAAGCUAAACUAAACAGAAUGAGAAAGGAGUUGUCCUUGUUACUGGAGUCUUUAAAGUCACAAAGUGUAGAGAAACAUAAUGAAAAAAUCCAAUAUUUGACCAAGCAGCUGGAAAAGUUAUUUCAAAUCGAGCACGAGCAAGAAGCAGAUAGAUAUAAAGAAAUUGUAAUUUUAGAUAAAAUAGAAGAAUUAGAAAAACAAAAAGAAGAGUUCCUCAAGCAGUGGGAAAUACUCAACAUGACUUCAGUAACUCGUACUCUGAAUGAUGCAGGGAGGACUGUAAUGCGUCAAGUGGGUAUUGAAUGUAACAGAUUAAAGAUGGCUCUUCCAAUGUAUGCCAGGAGACAAGACAUAAUAGAGAAAGUGACAUCAAACCAAGUCUCUGUCAUUCUUGGAGAGACAGGCUCUGGUAAAAGCACCCAGCUGGUUCAAUAUCUUUAUGAAGCUGGACUGGCCAAGGCAGGAUCAAUCGUAUGCACUCAGCCCAGAAAAGUAGCAGCGAUAACAUUGGCGGAAAGAGUAGCAAAAGAAAUGGUGGUCAAUGUCGGUCAACUUGUUGGAUACAAAACUGGUAUCAAGAAAAUGAUUUCAAAACGGGGCGACACAAAAAUUAUAUUUUCAACAGAUCAUUGCCUACUGAAUGAAUGCCUAAAAGAUAAACAUUUCUCUGGCUAUUCCUGCAUCAUUGUAGAUGAAGCCCAUGAACGAAGUAUUUAUACAGAUCUAUUACUCAGCAUGAUCAAAACAUGUUUACCUAAAAGACCUGACCUGAAAGUCAUUGUCACAUCUGCAACCAUUGACCCUGAAAUAUUCAUCCAAUAUUUUCAUUCGACUCCUGAGUUGCGUGUGUCUGGUAGGAUGUUUCCAGUUGACAUUGUUUACGAUGACUGUGACACUGAUGUGGAGUUUGAGGACCACGAAAGAAAAGCUGUAGCUAAGGCCAUUGAAGUCCACAGACAUGAAGAGCCAGGCGAUAUUUUAGUCUUUCUUACCUCCCCUGUAGAAAUUAUGAAAUGCUGUGAAGAAUUCCAGAAGCAAAUGCGAGGAGUAACCAAUUUUAAAUGUUUUCCUUUGCAUGGACAACUUCCACCCGAAGAACAGAAGAAAGUAUUUGAACCUUUGCCAGAUGGCAUUAGAAAAAUUGUAUUUGCCACAAACAGUGCUGAAACUUCGAUCACUAUUGAUGGGAUUAAAUAUGUGAUUGACACUGGGGUUGCUAAGGAAGUCAAAUAUGAUGCCAAGAAAAACAUUAAUGUUCUGGGAACUCAUGUCAUCAGCAAAAGUUCAGCAGAUCAAAGAAAAGGUCGAGCAGGAAGAACUUCAAGUGGAAAGUGUUUCAGACUUUAUUCUGAAAGUGGAUACAAGUCAAUGGAACCUUCUAGUAAACCAGAAAUACUUAGAGUUCAUUUAGGCCAAGCAGUUUUAAAGUUGGCUGCUCUAGGCAUUGAUUGCCGAUAUUAUGAUUUUGUACAAUCCCCAGGACAAGAUGCUAUUGAUGCUGCUAUAUCUACUUUGAUUCAUCUAGGUGCCAUGUCUAAUGAUGGGAUAACAGAACUUGGAAAGUGGAUCAAUAAACUGCCUUUUGAUCCCAGACAAGGUUUUCUUAUUUAUCAUGGAUUUAAACAUUAUCUUCUUUAUGAUUCCAUAGUCAUAGCUUCAUUGUUAAAUAAUGGAAGUAAUAUGUUCUAUAAAGGAAUAUCAGAAACAGACCAACAGAAAUCUUCCAAAACUAAACUACACUAUGGUUCGCAAGAUGGAGAUGUAUUUACUUGGCUGGAAGUGUAUAAAGAUUGGACCAAUGUACCUAAAAAAUCACAAUCCAGCUGGUGUAAGGACAAAAGCAUCAAUUACAAAGUUGUCACUUAUACCAAACAAAGUGUGGAUGAAAUGAUUCAAAUACUUAAAAAGGAAGCUGAUAUUCAUGUAGAAAGCUCUUUUGGUGACAUUGUAUCAGUAACAAGUUUCUUUCAAAAACUGAUAUUCCAGGCCUACAUGUUCUCUUUGUCUCAUUAUUUAGGUCACCUUAGAGCUGGUUAUUAUGCCCUGGAAGUAGAAAAACAAGUCCACUUUCAUCCCUCGUCCAGUCUUCUAAGUCUCAAUGCCAAACCUGAAUGGAUUGUUUACACUGAAUUCAUGAAGACAACCAAAGAUUUUAUUAAAUGUAUCUCCAUCGUUGAAGAGGGCUGGGUACAGGAAGCACUGCAAGAAGGGAGGUUAUCUUUUGACAUGGAAGAAGUUAAAAAAAGAAAGAUUGAACUUGUUCUCAGAGAACAGAUUGGAUUAACGAUGUUUAGACAUUUAGUUGGUCCAAAGUAUUUACAUUUACGUGAAUUGGAAGAAGAACUUUCUAACAGUGGAAUGUCAACAGUUGUAGUAGAAGCUGACAGAGAAAUGGGAACCAUUGAUAUUUAUUCCUCGUCUCCAAUGAAUUCUCAAGUUGCAUACAACAUUAAACAUUGCAAACAAACAAUUUUACAAACUCUAGUUCUAGAAGAAGAUGAGAUUCCUGUCUUGAAAAACCCCAAUGGGUGUGACAGAACAGGAUUUCGUGUGGUCUUGGGUCAAGGAGCAGAAGUCAAAUCCUUGUUGAUGCCAGAUGAAAGUAACAAAAUAAUUAUACGGAACAGUUCUUUUAGAACAACCCAAGAAGAAAUACGACACAAGUUUUCUGCUUUUGGUGAAAUUGUUGAAUGUAUUAAAUUCAAAAGUUCAAACCCUUGGGGCUUCCUUAGAUACAAGACCAAACAGGAAGCACAAAAUGCAGUUACAUGUACAAUGAAGGAUGCUGAAAAUGCUGCAAAUUUUAAGAUAGAUAAUGACAUUAAAAAAGUUCAAAGGAAGUUUGAAGUCAAAUUGACUUGGUGCAGAAGACCGAUAAAAGGAAUUGGGACAGCUUUUAUUAAGUGUAGCCUCAUAGAUAAAUCAACUUUUUUGGAUAAAUACAUCAGCUUACCUAAUGGGAAAAGACUAAAACUAAAAAUGUCUAAUAAAGGUGAGGAUCUCAUUUGUCAUGCAACCGGGCGGGCUGAUGAGCAGGUCAUCAAAGACAGUAUUCUUAGUCUAGUCAAUUAUGACAAACGAAUCUCUCGUCACCUUUCUGUUACGGUUCUUAGAAUAAAAGUAACAGCUACAGAGCACGAGGUAGAAGACAUGAAGACGCUUUUAUCACAUGAACUCAAGAAGUAUUCAGAAUUGUUACACCUGUCAAACAAUACGUUUGAAAUAAAUAUGAUUCAACCAAAAGAGUCGUCAAUUAAUUAUGUAGGCUUUAUACAUUUUGAUAAGUUAUCAGAAGGGGAACAACUGUGCAAGUUUAUGCAGAACAGACUCAGAGUUCAGAAUAAACCUGUAGAAAUAUGUCCUAGGCUAAAGACAACGCUAUACGUUCCAGAAUCUAUAAUGAAAAUUUGCCGAGCUGAAAUUGAUGAAAUCAAGGAUUAUUUAACGGUUGGCAAUAGUGUAGAGGUCAAAAUAAGGGAAAUGAAAAAGAAAGACUUUGCAAUAGAUAUAAGAUGUACAUCCGCCAAAUGCCUAGUCGAAGCAAGAGACUUAUUUCAAAAUAAACUAGACGGAGAAAUUGUAGACUGCAGCAUUUCUGAUCUGACUAGAAGCGUUUUGAAACCUGAAGGCUUGAAACAGAUUAAAAUAAUUGAAAAUAGGUUCAAAGUACUUAUUAAUGUUGACAAAAGAAAGGAGCGAAUUCAUAUUUAUGGGACUUUUGAGGAUGUAGUCCAAACCAAAAUAAAAAUUUUAGAAUAUUUUGAAGAACUGAAACAUGCAAAAAAAUCUGACCUACUUUUAAGUGGCAAUGAAAAGCCACAAGGUUUAAUGAAAGAGAUAAUGAAAAGGUUUGGUGAUUUACACAAUGGAUUAAUUGAACAUUUUCAUUUGAUGGAUGCAAAAAUUGAUUUCAAGCAGCAGAAAUUGUCUAUUUUUGGAUCGCCUGGAGCUGUAACACAAACAGAAAAUGAAAUCGCAGCGAUAGAAAAAGAUUUGGCUUCAAGAGUUCAUCAACAGACAGAGAAAUGGUUGCCAGAUUGUGUAGUAUGUAUGUGUCCUGUUGAAAGUUGCACUGAACUGUAUAGAUUAGAAGGCUGUGGCCAUAGUUACUGCCACACUUGUCUGAAAGCAAUGGUCAGUGUUGCCGUUGAAGACAAACAAUUCCCCGUAGACUGUGUCAAAGAAAAUUGUUCACUGGCUUUAGUUUGGAAAGAUCUAAGAUUCUGUUUGAAACAAAACUGGAUCAGCGAAUCGAAACUGGCCCAACGCUCACUAGACUCUCUGGUGGCUACAAACAGCAGAAGAUAUAAAUACUGCAAGACUGCCAACUGUCCAGUUGUAUACGAAGUUACAGAAGAUGUAGAGGGCAAUGAAUUUAAUUGUCCAGCUUGUCUAAUUAGCCUGUGCACAAGUUGUCACUCCAAUUAUCAUGUCGGCCUCUCUUGCAAAAUGUUUGUCAGCCAGCAAGAUUCAAAUUUACAUUUUGAAAUUUGGAAAAGAGAAGAUCCAUUAAAUCGUAAAUUAUGUCCAGUAUGCAGUGUCCCCAUUGAAAAAAAUGAUGGUUGCAAUCACAUGACUUGUAGAGUAUGUAAAAUUGAAUUUUGUUGGAUUUGUCUUGAGAAAUUCACUAAUGUUUCCGAUUGCUAUAAUCACCUUGAACUGUUUCAUCCUGACAUUGUGUAGGCCUAGCUCAGAUUGCUAUAAUCACCUUGAACUGUUUCAUCCUGACAUUGUGUAGGCCUAGCUCAGAUUGCUAUAAUCACCUUGAACUGUUUCAUCCUGACAUUGUGUAGGCCUAGCUCAGAUUGCUAUAAUCACCUUGAACUGUUUCAUCCUGACAUUGUGUAGGCCUAGCUCAGAUUGCUAUAAUCACCUUGAACUGUUUCAUCCUGACAUUGUGUAGGCCUAGCUCAGAUUGCUAUAAUCACCUUGAACUGUUUCAUCCUGACAUUGUGUAGGCCUAGCUCAGAUUGCUAUAAUCACCUUGAACUGUUUCAUCCUGACAUUGUGUAGGCCUAGCUCAGAUUGCUCUCUGUGGUUUGAACAGAAUUAGUUUCCUUUAAAAUUCGUACACUACAAGUUAAAGUCCUUUUAUUUAUUGAUUCGUAUUUGAACGUUUACACUUGUAAAAGUAGCCUAAGUAAGUACAGCCCAAGUAAGUACAGCCCAAGUAAGUACAGCCUAAGUAAGUACAACGGAAUGUAGGACACGUUACAAGAUUCAGAUUUACAUUUUUGAAACUAGGAAAAGAAUAUUUGAAACGAAUCGUAAACAAUGUCCAGGCUGCCGAGGUUUUGUUCUAAAGAUAUCAGGCGGUGACUGAAUGCAUUGUUCUAGUUCUCAUUACUAUUUUUGGCGCUGUCUGGAAACAUUCCCAGAUGACCAGCAGAGUUACAAGCAACUCGAUCAUGACGAUGGUGGUGUUCACUUAGAACAUUGAAUAUACAUAGACUUAUUUAGACUACACUCCAUUCUACACAUCGUGAAGGCUACUAUCUGUGUUAUGUUUGGGCAUACAUUUUAUCACAUGUGCUCACAUUAAACAUUACUCUCUUCCUUGGUCAAUAGCAUCACGAGAACUUUGUACCAAAGUAGUUUACAUUGAAUAGCAUUUAUAGAAAACAAAAUGCCUUUUAAUAUUCCAAUUGUUUACUUGCCUUAAACAAUACAUGUGCGUUUACUUAUUCAUUAAUCAAUAUGUCUCUUUAAACGUAAGCGACAAUCAGGAUCACAUUUAUAGGCUACGCUAGGCAUGUUUAUGUACAGUUUACUAUACAAAGCUGUCUUAAAACAUACUUUUUAAAACCUGAGCAUGUCUAGAUUUUGUAUAUUUAAUGCUAUCAAAUACAUCCUUACAAGUUAAAAAAAAAAACAAGUCAAUCUCAUUUAUAAAUCUGUAAACAUUUCAUUAGUGUGCCCUUUGUGCAUUACACGGGUUUUCUUGUCGCUAAAGGCAAGACAUUGAACUAUAUUCCUGUAAAGAUGAAUUCUUAUAUAUCUUAUACUUUACACUUCAAAAUAGAAAAUUAUAUCCCUAGUAACCGAGUCAUGCAUGUUAAUGACAGACUUAGCUGUUCAAGCAAACAAUCACAUGUUCGAAUUGCUUAGGGAAGAAAGAGCACUUAAACUAAUUUUUCUUAGCAGACUCAAAUGUGAAUAUUUGUUUCAUAUAUAUCUCAGGGCUUUUUUUUUUUUUUUUUUAGCGUUUUAGUUUCUUUGUUUUCUUGAGUUUUGCUGAUUUUUAAUACUGCCUUUUUAAUUAACCCUAUAUAAUAAAGGCUUUGUUUUAUUUUGUGAAACAAUUUUGUCAAUAUGGGUAUUUCAUGCAUAUGAAAAGAUAAUCAUGAGAUUCUUUAAUUUUACCUGAAUAAUAAAGCAACAUAUGCCGUGUGGUUGAAAGACCACAGUUGACAGCAUUUUGGAACCAAAAAUCAUUUCUCUUCAGACAAGUGGAUUAUCUGUAUCUCUGUUCCCUUCAAUGAUUUAAAACAAAGACCCUUUUGUUUUUCUGGCCUGUCAUCCACUUCCAAUCAAUUUUAGCCGACUUAGUGGCUCUGAUCUUGCAGACGAGAUAGGCCUACUCUCAGCGUUUUGUGGCCUCGGCCUCUGUAAAACAAAAUCUAAUUUCAUUGUACAUUGUGCGUCAAUUCCGCGCAAAGCAACACAGUAUUUAUGUAUGCACACAGGAUUCCACCAGAACAUGGUGUAUUGUUACUUUGUACGCAAUUUAUAAAUAAGUCUUACAAGCACUAUACUAUUCUUAAAUUACAAAAACUAGAUGUGGUCUAUCCUUACAAAUUAUGUUCAUGAAAAGUUGUAUUUUAUGUCUAAAUGUACUUUAAAAGGCUAUUUCAAUGUGGCCAUGUAAGCCUAUUUGAGACAUACUGCCUUGCUUAGACGAAUUCUAUUUUUGCCAAUCACUAGUUUUAGAUGACCAUGUCAAUCAAAUCGAAAAGAUUAGUCUGUAGUAGGCCUACUUCUGCAAUCUGAACCACUGUUGUAAUAUCGUUUUGUUUUAACUCCCUUUGACAACGACCAUUAUCUUAAAAAUUACUGAAGUUUCUUCAGACAAGAACAUAACCACAUUUUAAUCAUGUCCAUUGCUUUGACUGAUUGUGCCUGACUUCACCAUUUGUUUUUUGUUGUCUUUUUUUUCCCCAUGAUAAUAGCACUACGGUAUAUUGUUGUAUUUAUCCUAGCGAAGCAGCUUAAUUCAUUGGUAUUUGUACACAUUAAUAUUUAGACUACAGUAGGCAUACACAUAUAUUUAUAGGUGCUAAUUUUCAGAGCGUUGUAAAAGUCUUAUAAGAAACCGAUGAACUAGCUGGUGUCUGAUUUGUUUUAUACAUAUAUUAUGUAAUUUUUAAUUUUUUUUCCCAUUAAAAUAUGUUAAUGCCGCUAUUUUUAUGAUUAAAUUAUUGAAUGAGUUUUUUUCAUUGUUCGUAAGUUUGCAUUAAUGAUUUUAACUAAAUGUAUAUGUUACCUGAUUAUCAAUCGUCUCGUCAUAAAUGUGGGCUGAUUUAAAAUGUUGCCUCAGUCUAUAUUGACUACUUAUAAAUGUUACUUUGGCUUAUUCUGUAUUGAUUGACUAUAAAAUGUUGGCUAUGUAAACUAUGAUCUCAAAUAAUGCUUGUGAUUAUCAUUUAGUUUUGAAAGUAAAACUAUCGAAAACCUC